CUUCCUGAUGGAGUGAACAUCUCUAAAGAAGCUCGGAGUGCGAUAUCGCGAGCAGCGAGUGUGUUUGUGCUUUAUGCAACAUCAUGUGCAAAUAACUUUGCCAUGAAGGGGAAGAGGAAAACCCUGAAUGCUGGUGAUGUUCUCUCUGCCAUGGAGGAGAUGGAGUUCCAGCGAUUUGUAACCCCUCUGAAGGAAUCACUGGAAGUUUACAGGCGUGAGCAGAAAGGAAAGAAAGAAGCAAGGAAAGACAAAGACAAGAAGGCAGACUCAGAGGAGCAGGAUAAGAGCCGAGAGGAAGAGAAUGAUGAGGAUGAUGAAAGGAUGGAUGAAGAAGAGCAGAACGAUGAGGAAGAGGUGGACAACUGAGCUCGCUGAUGUGUGCAGGGGCUGGGUUUUGGUCAGAGGGCUCUAAACGCUGUAA